UUUUCCAACGCUGGCGAAGCUCCGCCCUCGCCAGAGCGGGGCUCUGGUCCUAGCCCUCAGCGCCCGCAGGAGCGGCGGCUGGGGGGCGGAGGGGAGUGGGCCCCGCCAUUGGUUGUGCAGCCGGAGGGGCGGAGGGAAGGCUCCAGUUGAGCUCGCCGCUCGCCCGUGCGCCCGGCCGCGCGCCGCACCCGAGCGCCCCACAUCCCCGCGGAAAGCUUCGCGGGCGCGGAUCGCCAAGACCCGGGAGCCGGCGAGGAGCUCGGCGCAGCACCGUCCCACCCGAGCGCAGGAGCUGGCGGGGGAGAUCCGCGCGUCCCGGCCCGCAGGCAAAGUGCUUUGAAGAGCUCACCACACACGUUCAUGGUUCUCACUAAAGAAGCCUCUUGUAAGUGUCAUUGGACAACUGAUACCCUGCUACCUUUGUUUGAAAACUGAGAGUUUUUCUUGUGCUGAUUUAACUGCCUGCAAUUUUUGCUGAUGCUCUUGUGACAAAAGGAAUGCUGAUUCUGUCCUUUUUAACCCCUGUGUGAAACUGACCUAAUAGACUGUGCAUUCUCUGACCUCUAAAGAUGUCUGAACCGGACUCUUCAUCUGCAUUCUCGGGAAAUGUGGAGAAUGGAACUUUCCUUGAGCUUUUUCCCACAUCCCUGUCCACAUCGGUGGACCCGUCCUCAGGCCAUCUGUCAAAUGUCUACAUCUAUGUGUCCAUAUUCCUCAGCCUUUUAGCCUUCCUGCUUCUGCUUUUAAUCAUUGCCCUCCAGAGGCUCAAAAAUAUCAUCUCCUCCAGUUCCUCCUACCCAGAGUAUCCAAGCGAUGCGGGAAGCUCUUUCACCAACUUGGAAGUCUGCAGCAUUUCCUCGCAAAGGUCCACUUUUUCAAACCUUUCGUCCUGAAGAAAAUGGAGAAGUCCUUCAGUCCUGGAGCUACUUAAGUCUUCCCUGGGGGGAGUGUUGCACGAAGCAGGUGCCUCAUGAGAGAAAUGCCCGUUUUGUCCUUUUCCAUCAAUCAGACCUGUUUCUCCCUCUCCUUCACCCCUGGUAUCUUUUUCUGCUCACGAUGCUUUUUAUUUGGGAAUGUAGGAGUCGAUGCUGACAGAAAUGCAUGCAAGGUGCAGAAUUUCACAUAAUCCACUGGGCGAAACUCGAGCUGGCUUCCUCUGGGUGGAUCAGGCCAGCCUAGUGGACACCUGAGGCAGAACUCACCUGGGGCGACCGUGCAGUGGAUGCUGGAUCUGGACUCUGCACGUUGUUUCUCUUCCGAAACUGUGAAAUCCACUGAGCCAGCAGAAACUGGCAAAAUUAAGACUGAGCUAUGUAGAAGAUAUUUUCAGUAUUUAAAGGAUA